UGUUCCACUUCCCAACCGCUGCACUUCCAGUCGGACUGAGGUGAAAUGAGAGGAGGGACGUCCUGCCAAAACGUCUCCCACCAUCACUUUUGACGAUUUCGCCGUGUUAUUAGUAAAAGCGCUCGGUACUUCCUCCAUGAACCAAACAUUUCAUUGUCGGACUUUGGAUAAAGUUGGAGUUCGGCCGCAGCACAAUGUGACCCACACUUGCUGAGACACUUCGGAUUUACUCGGUAUCGUUUUAUUGAUCCAGUGACGUGGGUUACAAGAAUGGGAAAAUUACAGUCCAAACACGCGUGCAAGCGCAGGGAGAACCCAGAAGGGGAUAGUUUUGUUGUGAAUGCUUUCCUCCGGAGGAGCAUGGACGAGUCUGAGCGCUAUGGAGGGAUGGAUCACAAGAUGAAGAACAUGCAGGAGUUUUCAAAUGGGCAUCUGAAAGCAGGACACCUCGCAGAGCAACACUGCCCCCUUGAGGUGGCGCUCCCUCCGGAGAAGGUGGAUGGCUGCGAAAACUACCUUCAGUACCUUCACGCGGAGGACGGGGAGCGAGAAAUAAAAGCCAACGGGAAGAAACGCAUCAGUCUGGAUGACUUGGAGUGUGAUGUUUCCGUGGAGGAUGACAACCGCCAGGAGUGGAUAUUCACACUUUACGACUUUGACAACAGUGGCAAAGUGACAAAGGAGGAUAUGUCCAGCCUGAUGCACACCAUCUACGAUGUGGUGGACGCCUCGGUUAAUCACUCCUGCCAUAAUAAAAGCAAGACGCUCCGGGUCAAGCUGACUGUCACGCCGGAGCCUAAAUGCCACAAAAAAGAAACAGAUCGCAAUCACCAAGAGGAGAGUCGUCCGUCUGUCAAGCGCAUGUCUGCCUACAUCAGCAGCAGGGGGCAAAGCAACGAGGCCCCGCCCACGGAAGGCCAGCAUUACUGUGUGGACGAGAACACAGAGAGGAGGAAUCACUACCUGGAUUUAGCUGGUAUAGAAAACUACACCUCCAGAUUUGAAGGAACGACGAUCCCUCCCCAGGAGAAUCAAGGCCGAAGCUCCCAGAGCCAGAGCCGCUCUCGUUCCCACGAGCCGGAAGCGCAACUCCACCACCAGCGGCGUUCGCAGGUCAUCGGCGACAGUUACAACCCGGCAGAGUUUCGGGGGAAAGGCGCACAGUUUGUGAAAUCCCCCAAGGGAGCUAACAAAGGAGGGAAUAGCGCCGGCGGUGGCGGCAAAUCCAACAAAUGCCACGGCCAUCACCCGCCUUUGCAAAACAUGUCGCACGGUGGCGGGGGUCAGGAUGUAUACCACUUACCACACCAGGUCCAAGCGUCCGGCCACCAUCAGCACCCUCUACAGUACAGUCACAGCAAACGCGUCCGAGCUAAAGCCCGCGAGGCGCUUUCCCCUACCAAAACGCCGCUUUCCCCGCAGCCUCACCCCCAGGUUGCGCCCUCUGUGCUGCCAGGCUUGGAGAGAGAGCAAAUGUCCGGCCCCCAGGGGAGCCCGGGCUUUGUGGUUCCUGUGGUUCAGCGCCACGAGCACCACCAUCAUCAUGAACAUCACCACCACCACCACUAUCAUCAUUACCACCAGACAUGACCAUUAUGCGCUCAUGUCUAGCGUACAGGACCAAGCACCACUCCCAGUCGAGGAUCUUCGUACUCGCCUCAUGUAAGCUCUACAGAUUAUAUCCUGACAUGUAUGGAGGAGUUUCUAUUGUGAUGGCCAGCUGUUGUGGACCUGAAGAAUUUCAGCUUAGAUUUUCCUUUUUUUUUUUUUUAAAUCAUCUUUUCUGGGACUGCUGAAGCUUUUUAGUAACAAGAGCACACACACACAUACCAGAAAGUCAAAAAGCAGGAGAACUUUGUCCCCUCCUGAUGCUGUUCGCCAUCCCUGGAAGAAAAAUGACAUUCUUGGGAGACCUCUCAAAAAAAAAAAAAAAACACAUGGAUCUCAGGUGUAAAGGUGCUGCUUUUCUACAGAGGCCUCUUUGUCCGUGGACUGAGGGGGAUUUGGAGUUAAAAUAUGGGUUUAUAAAAUCACCACUGCCAGUUUUUAUGCAAAAAAUAUCUCGCUAUAUGUACUGUAUAAAAUAUAUAUAAAUAUAUAUAAAUAUAAACACAUUUUACUGUAUAAUUAUGAUACUGUAUAUGCAUAUGUCAUCAUGAUUAUAAUUAUGCAUAUCUGUAUGUUGUCUUUUAUAUAAUAUAAUAAACAUUAUAAAAUUCAUGUUA